AUGUCUGAUUCACCUCCUACCCAUUGGGAAGAAGAGGAAUUAAGGCAUACUUUAACAUCUGAUAAAUCUAUUAAAAAAGAUCAAGGCAUAAUAUAUGAUUUAAAUGACUCGGUUAAUACAUCGGCUGAACCAAUUCCAGAUAAUUUCGCUGAUAUUGAUGAAGAAGAUCCUGAAGGCAGAAUUCGUGAAGAUUUACAACGUGCUUUAAAACCUCGUCAUGUCUCUCUAAUUAGUAUUGCCGGUAUUAUUGGUACAGGUCUUUAUUUAUCUACAUCGAAAUCUUUAGCAACAGGUGGUCCAGCUUCUUUAUUUAUGAAUUAUACCAUUAUGGGUAUAGUAGUUUAUUUAACUAUGCUUUGUCUUGGUGAAAUGUCUACCUUUAUGCCAAUUUCUGGUUCCUUUGUCUCCUACGCAAAAAAAUUUGGUUCAGAUUCUUUUGCAAUGGCUCUAAUGUGGAAUUAUUGGUUUAAUGAUGCUGUAUCAGUUGCAUCAGAUUUAACAGCUUUACAAUUAGUAAUGGACUAUUGGAAGACAAGCGAUAAAGGUUUCCCAUAUUGGGCUGCAUCUUUAUUAUUUUGGGGUCUGGUUGUUUGUUUAAACGUAAUUCAUGUUAGAGUCUAUGGUGAAACUGAAUAUUGGUUAGCUAUGUUAAAAGUCAUCGCAAUUAUCAUUUUUUUCAUUCUAUCUAUCGUAGUUAAUGUUGGUCAUAAUCCACAACAUGAAUACAUUGGUUUCAAAAAUUGGACUCAUGGUGAAGCUCCAUUUGUUUCAGGUUUUAAAGGGUUUGCAUCUCUUUUCGUUUCAGCUUCAUUUGCUUAUGGUGGUACCGAAUCAAUCACUUUAACUAAUGGUGAAACUGAAAAUCCAAUUCGUAAUACACCAAAGAUCAUUAAAACCGUGUUUUGGAGAAUCCUGAUCUUUUACGUCGGUUCCACUUUCUUCAUCGCAAUGAACGUUCCAUAUGAUUAUCCAGGUAUCUCCUCAGGUUCUGUUGUCACUUCAAGUUUCACCAUCGUCUUUCAAAUGGCAGGUUCUAAAUCGGCAGGUUCAUUUAUGAACGCUGUUAUCAUGACUAGUGUUAUCAGUGCUUGUAACCAUGCUUUGUUUGCUGGUUCUCGUGUCAUGUACAAUAUGGGUCUAGAAGGUAUGUUACCAGCCAAAAUCUUCUGUAAGACUAAUCGUUAUAAAGUUCCAUACGUUUCAGUGAUUUGCACCUCAUUGAUCGGUCUAUUGGCCUUUGGUUCAAGUUUUAUUGGUGCUGGUGAAGUUUGGACUUGGUUACAAAACAUUGUCGGUGUCUCCAACCAAAUUGCUUGGUUAUGUAUCGGUAUCACUUCUAUUAGAUUUAGAAAAGGUCUAAAAGCACAAGGUCUUACCGAUCAAUUACAAUAUGUUAAUUGGACUUAUCCAUGGGGUCCAUGGAUUCUUGUGAUUUUUGUCUCAUUCAUUAUUUUAGUGCAAGGUUGGUCUUCAUUUGAUCCAUGGGACGUUAAGAAUUUCUUCUCUGUGUAUUUGGAAUUAUUUGUGUUCCCUGUAUGUUACAUCAUUUGGUGGGUUAUUAAACGUGAUAAGUUUGUUAAACCUGAAGAUAUGGAUUUUGUUACAGAUAGAUAUGUUGCCACUAAAGAAAUUAUUGAACUGAAUGAAAAAUUAGAUAGUUUACAAGGUUGGCCAAAGUAUAAACAAUGGAUGCAUGAUCAUGUAUUAUAG